AUGAGCACUGUUAAUGAGCUUUUUGUCAGCAAUAUGCACAAGUUUGUGGAAGUAGGAGGACUAAAGCUUCAUAUAGCUGAAAUUGGAAGUGGUCCAAAGGCGGUGGUUUUCCUGCAUGGAUUUCCAGAAAUAUGGUACUAAUGGAGGCACCAAAUGACUGCUGUGGCCAACAAUGGCUAUCGAGCGAUUGCAUAUGAUUGCAGGGGAUAUGGACUGACUGAGCUGCCAUCUGAGCCCGAAAAAGCGACUUUCAAGGACCUUGUAGAUGAGGUUAUCGGAGUUUUAGAUGCUUUGGCCAUUGACAAGGCUUUCCUUGUCGGGAAGGAUUUUGGAUCUAUAACUGAAUACCUCGUAGCUGCUGCUUAUCAGCGAAUAGCUGGUCUCAUAUCACUAGGCAUUCCCUUCUUGCUGCCAGGUCCCUCUGCUGUCCAAAAUCAUAAGUACAUUUAA